AUGGCGGUGUAUAAUGCGAGGGAGAAAGCCGAGAAGACGUACCGGCUCGCGGCGGCGGCAGAGGAGCUCUUCCUCGCCGGCAAAAUCCACGACGCGCACAGAAAGGCUAAGAAGGCGAAGCGGUUCUGCCCGUCGCUCCCGGGCGUGGACAACGCACUCACAGUGUACGAGGUCCGCGUCCGCGUCGCUGCGCGCGGCGGCAACGGUGGCUGGCGCGCGAUCCUCGGCAUAGGCCCAGGAGCCGCCGUCGCCGCCGCCGCAGCCAUGCAUGACACCGUCUAA